AUGUAUCCUCGCGAUGGUACACCCGAUAAAACUCCCACUUUCUCCGAACAUCUAGAUAUACAACGCUCCUCUCGGUUUGGACUACAUCUCAAUCUCAACUCACCCGUAAGAUGGGGGUCCAUCUCACUCACGCCAAAUCAACUGAGCGAUACCGUCGAAACUGAAACGACUGCUACGGGGACGGGCAGCGGAGUCUCUUCGAAUUUCGUUACCCCGCUUCUAAACGAAUACGGAACUAAUCCAACAAUGUACGUGGCUGGUGUAGGCCUUCCCAGGGAGUUCAGAGCGCGCCCUCAAAGCUCAUCGACUAAAUCUACCGAGGAGCAAAAUGCUAGAGAUAAUAACGGGUUCCUUCCGAUGUACCAAAAUCCUUUAUGGCAUAAUAUGAAUAAUCGCCUCCCAAGGAGCUGGGCAAGACAGCUCGAAAUCACUGGCAUCUCAGCGAACUACUGCGGAAACAUUUACCUAGAGUCCAACCAGUCCGCCCCUAUCCCCGAAUCACUGAGUACCUCUCUCUGGCUAACUAAUCUGCCACCUGAUUGUACUCAUCAAAAGCUCCUCGGCGCUAUCAGGGGUUGCGGAAAGAUAUUUGCUACCGUCAUCAACCCGCCCGUGUUCAACUCCUCUCGCUACAGCAACGCGGCCCCUCACACAACUUCGGCGUCGAAGCUAGUCUUUUUUGAGCGUGAGGGCCUUGAUAGACUAGUCACAAAAGCCCAAGCCGGAAAGUUCUACGUCGGCGGUUACGUCCCACGUGUCCGAAUGAACCGUAUCAAGUCUGCUCCUCGAGAUCCAGGCCCUAACUGUCGCGUCCUACAUAUCUCAGGGCCUAGUCGCAUUGUAAACGAGAGAUUUCUCAACCAAUUCUUUUCGACAAAGUUUACAUACGAGCUGGAAGCUGUCCUAACACUACAGUCUCUCCCUGGUUGGACCCGACAGGAGUGGCGCUUCGGCAGCUACCGUUGCCAGGCCGAGUCAGCUCGCCAGUCUCUCACAAAGGAGAAGAGACGGACCAACUUGACUGAGGCGGAAAGAGCCCUUUGGGAGAGGGUUACGGUUGACUUCGGAGUCGAUCCUUGUGCCUUGAGAAGCUCAGAUUAG